AUGCCUCCAGUGAGUACCAUCUGGAGCUCCUCGUCGCCGUCGCGUUCCAAUUGGCUGACAUCAUCCCAGGCUAGAGCUGCGAGGCGGACAGUCACCGAUGAGAACGCCGAGAACGCCGGCACGACACGUCUGACGCGUGCCAAAGCUGCCGCACUCGACAAUGCCACCGCCGGAGACCCACCAAAGAAGGCCCUCACCACCAAGCGCUCGACCACGACCACGACCACAACCACCCAUGCCACUGCCGGUGCCCGCAAGAGGACCGCUUUGGGAGACGUCUCUAACGUGGUCAAGAAGGAGCCUCUAGGCAAUGCGGACUCGAAGAAGGACCCUCUGUCAAAGCCGUUGAAGCCUGCUGGCGUCCAGAAGCCCCAGGCAACGCGUACCAACUCCAACCGCACUGUCCUGGGCCAGAAGACUGCCAACUCAUCUUCGGAUCUCAAGCGGCCACACAGCGGCUCGGGUGUUGGCGGCCACACUGCAAAGAAGAGAAACACAUCCACAGUGAAGCCUAAGCGUGAGGUCGUUGAGGAACGCGACGAGGACGUCGAGAAUGCACCGCCUGCGCAGAACGGAACGACCAAGUACUCGGCCUCAGAAGUGCUCAGACAUCUCCGCGGAGAGCGUUCAAUCAAGGUUGAGGCAGACGUGAGCGAUGAAGAACAGGAGCCGGCGCUGGAGGACCUCAUCCAGGAUGCCAAGGAUCUCGACGCCGAGGACAUCGACGACCCGCUCAUGGUUGCUGAAUACGUCCACGAGAUCUUCGACUACAUGAGGGAGCUCGAGAUAACGACCAUGGCCAAUCCGGACUACAUGAACGAUCAGGGCGAGCUCGAGUGGAAGAUGCGUGGCAUCCUCGUCGACUGGUUGCUGGAGGUCCAUACGCGUUUCCGCCUGCUUCCCGAGACUCUCUUCCUCGCCGUCAACAUCAUCGACCGCUUCCUCUCCUGCAAGGUCGUCCAGCUCGAUCGUCUUCAGCUGGUCGGUGUGACCGCCAUGUUCAUCGCGUCAAAGUACGAGGAAGUCCUGUCGCCACAUGUCCAGAACUUCGUUCACGUCGCCGACGACGGCUUCAAGGACACGGAGAUACUGUCUGCCGAGCGUUUCAUCCUCGCCACUCUCGACUACGACCUGUCGUACCCCAACCCAAUGAACUUCCUCCGCCGCAUCUCCAAGGCGGACAACUACGACAUUCAGACUCGUACCCUGGGCAAGUACCUGCUCGAGAUUGGCUGUCUGGACCACCGCUUCCUCGCAUACCCACCUUCGCAGGUCGCCGCCGCGGCUAUGUACCUCGCGCGUCUUGCCCUCGAGCGUGGCCCAUGGGAUGCAACGUUGUCCAAGUACGCCGGCUACACCGAGCGCGAGAUCCAGCCCGUCUUUAAGUUGAUGGUCGACUAUCUGCACUCGCCGGUGAUGCACGAGGCCUUCUUCCGCAAGUACGCCUCCAAGAAAUUUCUCAAGGGUAAGAUCAACCGCACACCGCUCUUGGCAUAUGUCGCUAACUUUCUUCCAGCCUCCAUCGUCCUGCGCCAGUGGGCAAAGAAGUGGGCGCCUCAGUACCUCGACGACGUUACGCAGUCCAGCGGCGGCAAGACUCCUCGCUCAUAG